ACUUCAGUCUCUUGUCAUCCCCCCUCGAGGUCGGUCGCGUCAACCUGAUGAGGGCAAGCCGUGUGGAACGAAACACGUAGAAUUGUCGAUCUUCGUUUAGUUUCUUCAGUUUUCUCCAACCCAGUGAAAUAUUAAAUUAUCGUACCACUAUUCGAUGCAAUAACUGUUUUAUUACUGGAUAUACAUUCGAAUAAAAAAACUUGAAAGUGUUUAUUAGAUAGUGUCGUCAGUAGCAUGAUUAGGACUUCCUGAAACUCUAAUUUUAAGAGAUUAAUUCGGUGGUUGCAUCCUAAAUCAAUCUUAGCUAUGCCAUCAGGUUUAUAACAGAGGAUGAAAAUCAAGAUGGUUAAAUCAGUGAUAAGUUGGUCGUUCUUCGCAUACCUGGUCCUGGGAUGUUUUAUCGCCAAUGCUCAAGAUCUUCUGUCUACCGAAAGUUCCUCGCAACCCCUACGUUACGAAGCCCCAGAUGAUUGCCAGUGGUGGGUCAGAGAAUCCUCUCAAAGUGGCGGGCAAGAUGAGGUAGCCCUCACAUGUAACCUAAGAACAAUUAACAGUGAAUUCGACACCACCAACUUCAGUGUUAUCCCAUCCGAACACACUACAUCGUUGAGGAUUGAAUGUAAUCCGGAGAUCAUGUCUAGGAGUAGCUUAGACGAUAAGAGCUUCGUGCAUCUGACUAAGCUCAGGGAACUUGAGCUGGAGAAUUGUAAGUUGGGGAGAUGGCCUUCUGGGACCCUUCUCGGCUUGAGAGACUUGAGGAACUUAUCGGUUAAAACUCACAAUACGGAUUGGCCUGCCAUGAAUCUGGAUUUCUCUCGUGAUAGUUUCCUACCAGUGCGACAGCUGGAGAGGUUAGAUUUGAGUUGCAACAACAUUUGGGCCUUCCCCGAACACAUUUUUUGCCCCUUAACCAACUUGGUCCACUUGAAUCUCAGUGAAAAUAGACUUCAGGAUGUGAGUGACUUGGGUUUUCGUGAAAAAACUAACGGUGCUCCCCAACCUUUGAUUAGUGUUUCUGACGAUGAUCCUGACGAACCUGUAGAACCAACAAAGCCUGUAUCGUAUCCAUGCAGCUUGGAUAUUCAGGUACUUGACGCUUCUUACAACCAUUUCGUUUUAGUGCCUGCUAAUGGCUUUAGUCUCCUGAAACAUCUCAAAGAACUUUAUCUUCAUAAUAAUGAAAUUUCCAUGAUAGCAGACAAAGGGUUGGCAGGAUUGAAGUCUCUCCAGAUAUUCGAUCUUUCUAAUAACAAAGUAGUGGCCCUACCGGCCGAAUUGUUCAAAGACUGCGCUGGCUCCAUUAAAGAAAUAAAUUUGCAGAAUAACUCAUUAAGUGUCCUGGCCCCUGGGUUAUUCUCCAAUUUGGAGCAGCUGUUGGCCCUGCAUUUAUCAAGGAAUUUAUUGAGCAGCUCUUGGAUAAACGCGAACACGUUUUCCGGCCUGAUAAGAUUGGUAUUGCUGAAUCUGUCCUAUAACAGAAUUUCGAAGCUGGAUCCGUCAUUCUUCAAGGAUUUAUACACCCUGCAGAUCCUCAACUUGGAACAUAAUUUAUUAGAGACAAUUCCAGCCGACACUUUCGCUCCCAUGAAUAAUCUUCAUACCCUAAUUAUAUCCUAUAAUAAAAUCACGUACCUAGACGCUUACUCUCUGAACGGGCUGUACGUUUUAUCCUUGCUGGCGCUCGAUAACAACCUGCUGGAGGGGAUUCACCCGGAGGCAUUCAGAAAUUGCUCCAGUUUGCAAGAUUUGAACUUGAACGGAAACAAACUGAAAGCCGUUCCUUUGGCCCUCAAAGAUAUGCGACUAUUAAGGACGGUGGAUCUGGGGGAGAACUCUAUCGUUUCCAUCGAGGAGCCUGGAUUUAGGGGCAUGACCAACUUAUACGGCCUGAGACUUAUCGGGAAUCUGAUACAGAAUGUCAGCAAGAGGGCAUUUGCCGAUCUGCCCGCGCUGCAGAUCUUGAAUCUGGCCCGAAAUCGAAUCAGCAAAGUGGAACAUGGAACUUUCGACUCAAGCUCGACCCUUCAGGCGAUCAGGAUCGAUUCGAAUCAGCUGACGGACAUAAGCGGGCUUUUUUCUGAGAUACCCAGUCUGUUGUGGUUGAACGUGUCCGAUAACCAAAUUGAUUGGUUCGAUUACGCGUUGAUACCUCGCGGUCUGCAAUGGUUGGACAUUCACAAGAAUAACAUCAGGGAACUGGGGAACCACUACGGGCUGGAUCUGGAGCUGCGGUUGCAAACUCUAGACGCUAGCUUCAAUAAAUUGACGAAGAUUAAUGCCGCCGCCAUCCCGAGCAGCACUGAAUUGGUUUUCCUCAACGAUAAUCUCAUUUCGGCGGUCGAGCAGCAUACGUUCCUGAAGAAAAUGAAUCUGACCAGAGUCGAUUUGUACGCUAACCAGAUCGUGAGUAUGGACUUGAACGCUUUACGUUUGACACCUGUAGAUCCGGACAGGCCGCUUCCGGAGUUUUACAUCGGCGGUAAUCCGUUUCAGUGCGAUUGUACGAUGGAAUGGUUGCAGAGGAUAAAUAAGCUGGACCAUCUGCGGCAGCAUCCACGCGUCAUGGAUUUAGAGACUAUAUACUGUAAGUUAUUGUACAAUAGGGACAGUAAUUAUUUGCCUUUGGUGGAGGCUGAGUCUUCCCAAUUCCUGUGUACCUACGAAACCCACUGCUUCGCCCUGUGUCACUGCUGCGAUUUUGACGCCUGCGACUGUGAAAUGACAUGUCCGAACAACUGUACUUGUUACCAUGAUCAAUCUUGGUCAGCAAACGUCGUGGAAUGUUCUGCAGCCGGUUACACCGAAAUGCCAAGUAGUAUACCCAUGGACGCCACUGAGGUGUAUUUGGACGGUAACAAUUUCGGGGAAUUAUCCAGCCAUUCAUUCAUCGGCAGGAAAAAUCUGCGAGUGUUAUACGCCAACAGUUCUAACAUCAUUGCCGUUUACAACCAUACAUUCAGCGGUUUGCGAAGACUUUCCAUACUUCAUCUAGAGAACAAUCAUAUAAAAGAACUGUUAGGAUUCGAGUUUGCAUCAUUGGAAAGCUUGAGGGAGCUGUAUCUUCAAGAGAACAUGAUACAUUAUAUAGAUAACAGAACGUUCUUGGCGUUGAAACAGCUGGAAGUAUUGAGAUUGGAAGGGAAUAGAUUGAGCACUUUCGAAGUGUGGCAGUUUCUCCUCAACCCUUACCUUGUGGAAAUAGGUUUGUCAGAUAACCAAUGGUCCUGCGACUGUCUCUACGUCCAGAAACAUAAAAAUUGGCUCAGGGUGAAUUACGGCAAAGUGGUGGACGCCAAUAAGAUCGUUUGCCUUUAUAACAACGUGACCAGGGAGGUUGGUUUCCACAUGGCGGAUUUCAACGCCUCCUUGUGCCAACCCUACACGGGAGGCAGCAGAGCGAUCGUGGAAACUCAGGUGAUGAACGAUUAUCUCCCCUUGAUGCUGGGAACAAUGUGUGCGUUCCUCUUCAGCGUGAUACUCGUGUGCGGUGCCUUCUAUUAUCGACGUGAAUUACGCGUGUGGAUAUAUUCGAGGUGCGGAUUACGUAUGUGCUAUAAAACGACUGCUUUCGAGGAGCAACAAGAUAAAGACAGACUUUUCGACGCUUACAUAAGUUACAGCGUUAAGGACGAAGCGUUUGUCAGUCAAGUUUUAGCCCCUGGGCUAGAGUCGGGGGAUCCCAGUUACAGGCUCUGUUUGCACUACAGAGACUUUAACGUCUCGGCUUACGUAGCCGAUACGAUCAUAGAAGCCGUGGAAUCGUCGCGUAGAACUAUAAUCGUCUUGAGCAAGAACUUUUUACUGAACGAGUGGUGUCGUUUCGAGUUCAAAUCUGCGUUGCACGAAAUCCUGAAGGACAGGAGACGUAGACUCAUUUUUAUAAUAACCGGGGAGUUGCCCCAGAGGGACUUAGAUCCCGAUCUGCGUCUCUAUCUGAAAACGAACACAGUGAUCGAGUGGGGCGACAGACAGUUCUGGCAGAAACUGCAAUUCGCGAUGCCUGACGUGAGAAGGACUUGCAUCCACCAACGCACAGCGUUGAACAUCUAUUCUUCGGCGACUCCAACGCAUUUGGAGAGGUCGAGGAGUCCAGAUUUGCCGCCCCCUCCGCCUCCAGGGAAGUUCCCACCUUUCCUACACCACCCGUCUAGUUUACCCAGGGACACUAGGAACCUACCGCAUCCACUGUGGGCAUAGCGGAUGCUUUGGAGCAGUGACAUGUUCUAGAGCAGCCUGAAUGGAUUGAAUAACCAGAGACGCGACUGUCAGUUGGAUGGUAUCGCUAGGUGAUUGUGAUAUUGUAUAAAAUAUGAAUUCUAAAACAUAAUUUUUUUAUAUUCCCUACUGAGGGUCCCGAUGUUCAGCUUAUAAUUGUUAUCUAUUUCGUACUGAGAGGACUGACUAAUUUAGAUACGAAUUAAAUGAAUUUCAUGACAUUUUGGAAUUUCAAUAUAUCAAUGUUCUUAUAUUUGCUUCAUGAGCUUAAUAUUUAUAGAUGUGAAAUUUGUAUGAUUGAGACGUAUUUUUAUUUUCAAUUCAGAUCACUCGAAAUAAAUAUUGAAACAGGUUGAACACAAUAUAAAUAUGUAAAGCCAAAUUAAUUUCAAACAAAUUUGUUUUGUAUAAAUUUUUUGAUGAGGUUGUGAUGUGUGAUGAACAACGAUAACAAUAAUUAUGAUUUCAAUUAUCAUGCAAGACAGAUGAGACAUAGGGCUGAAUGUUCUCGAUUAUAAAUACAUUGUCCAUCAGAUUUUCGUAUUUUGCUAAUUGUGAUCAAAUGAAUCCUAUCAUAUUAGUUCAAUAAAUUGACUGUACAUAGUAUGUAAAUAUUAUUUAAAAUAUAUUUUGAUCAAGAAUUCCAAAGCACUACUUAAUAAAUGUAUAUAGUAUAACUAAAUUAUGCUUAAUCUAAUAAUUGUAACUUGAAAUAAACUACCUAAUUUAA